AUGUACGAGAUUCUGAGCUUGCCUUCAUCGCUGGCGUCGACGUAUAUACUGGUGGGCUUAUUGGCCGGUUCCUAUUUAUUUUAUAGAAAAGUUGCCAUAUCAUCGAAUGAUAAGGCUGGAAAACAGGCAAAGAGACCAUCUUCGAGGAUAUCCACCUCAGCAUCGCCACGGUCCUCGGCAGAAGCAUGUCAGUCAGUCGUUUCCAAGGAGUCGGAGUUUCCAGAUAACUGGUGGAAUGGCAAAGACGUCUUCGAAUUAGAGAGGCGUGCUAUUUUCAGCAAGACAUGGCUCUAUGUCUCCCAUCGCAGCCGUUUCACCAAGCCUGGAGAUUAUCACUCAUUAGACAUUGCCGGCUUCCCAGUCUUUCUCAUUCUAGGUAAAGAUGGCAUAGUGAGAGCCUUUCACAACGUGUGCCGCCAUAGAGCAUACACAAUCACGAAAAAGGAAUGCGGCUCGUCAACUGUUCUUGGCUGUCGAUACCAUGGCUGGAGCUACAACACGCGGGGUGACCUCAUCAAAGCCCCGCAUUUCGAGGACGUGCCAGGAUUCGAUAAGUCCCAGAACGGUCUAUUCGAGAUUCAUGCACACACCAGCAACUAUGGACUGAUUUUUAUCAACCUGGACGCGAGUCCCUCAGUGCCAGAGGUCGAUUCGAGUCAGUCGAAUGAUUUUGCGGCUUCCCAUGGUUUGACAGUAGACUCGACUUGGGUGACAGGCUGGACGCUGGAAGGGGCUUUUAACUGGAAGAUGGCAGUGAAACCUGGUAGCUUCGAUCUGGGAAAUCUUCAAGGAUGCAGCCCCCGCUCCAAACUGUCAGGCCUCACUAGUCUAUUCAUUAGGACAUCUCCGGCAGGAAAUACGGCAAAACUAGGAAUCUUCCCAUCAGCGUCAUUGUACUCUAUACAGGGUUCAGGGUUGUUGUAUUCUCUCUGCUUUCUGCCCUACUCGGAGCGCAAGACCCUUAUCCGUUGCGACUUGUACGGACGUAACCAGCAACCUAGCUCUGCCGCCACAGUAUCAAAAGAAUUGUCUAGAGUGCUCCGAGAUAGGGUGACGGAAAUAGAGAAAGGUUAUCUUGCGGAAAUAGCGGAAAUUCGAAGAUCAAAGCCACCAUCUAUGACAGAAUCGCAAUAUGCUAUCCUCCUCCACCUUAAGACACAUCUCAAGCUGGAGAAAACGUUGGGUCAUGAAGUAUUCCCAACACUGAGGCGAUCUACAAGGAGCUCAAAAUCUCUACAAGCAGACCUCUUAUGCAAAGAACUUGAUUGCAAAGACAAGCUAUCCUUUGAUACGAAAGCCUCCACCACACCGAAAAGGAAUGAAAUCCUUGUCUGGUAG